UCUCUGAUAUGAUGAAAAUAAAGUCUCUUCAUAAGAUCUGUUUCUAUCAGAAGUCAGAAAAUCUUAUAUUUCUCAAGAUCAUCUUCACAUAUCUUAUCUGUGAAAUUGAUGAGAGAAAUCAUCAAUUUCAGCAUUCUGUUCUUGAUAUUAUUCAAGUGACAGCAGAGUUCACUCUGAUUACACUUUUUAAGUAUGAUGUUAAGAUAAUAACUCAUUGCAGUCAUAUUAUUCUCACUGUAAGAGAUACACAGUUGAUAAUAAAUAUUAUGAAGACUCUGAGAA